AUCAGAGCCAAACAUCAAUUGAAAAAAGAAAACAGUUUACCGUGAUUAACACUCAUGUGUUUGGUCAAUGUUGUCAUUUCAAUUUUCCCCACUCUUUUGUCCUUGCAAUAAAGCAAAAAGUAGACCAUAAUGGGAUUCAGCUGUGUUCUUUUUACAUUAUCUUUGGUGCAUGAAGACAUGCUGAGAAGCUUCUAAUAUCAAUUUUAUUUCCUCCAUCACUUUUUUUGUUAGUUUUCUACUAGUGCAAGUUCAGUAUCUCAGGAAAUCAGGAGGUACUUCACAACUCACAAGAUUCUUGGCUUUCUGAACAUCCUGACACUUCAUUCUGGUCAUUAACUGCGUUUGUCACACAUAAUAAAUACCACAGUUUCAAAUCCAACACAUAGCAUUUCCUCACCAAUGAGGUGCCGCUUAUAAGAGGCUUCUUCUGCGUCUACAACCUUGCAACGGCCGUUUUUAUCACCCUGAAAACAUGUUCAAGUCAUGGAGCAAGAAGCACAAGAUCAAAGCUGUGUUCAAAUUGGAAUUUCAGGCAACUCAGGUGCCAAAGAUGAAAAAGAAUGCUAUAAUGGUAUCUUUGGUGCCAGAUGAUGUUGGUAAGACAACAGUGAAACUAGAGAAAACUGCUGCGCAAGAUGGGACCUGCUCGUGGGAGAAUCCAAUUUUUGAAUCCGUUAAACUUGUUACGGAUGCAAAAUCAGGCAAAAUUCAUGAGAAAAUCUACCAUUUCAUUGUUUCGACCGGAUCUUCAAAAUCUGGCUUUCUUGGAGAGGCCUCGAUUGAUUUUGCUGAUUUUGUUGCAGAAAUUGAGCCAAUCACAAUUUCUCUACCCCUAAAGUUUGCCAAUUCAGGCAUAGUUUUACACGUGACUAUUCAGAACGUGGAAGGAUAUGCUGCUGAAAGAAAUGGGGAAGAUAAUGGGGCUGAGGAACUUGGCAGUGAUAGAAGCUUGAAACACCAGCUGAGCUAUGGCAGUACAGACCACGAAAGUUAUAAUGUUGAUGAAAACGAACACAUGGCGAGGACCAGAUCUGAGUAUUCUGAACAAGAUGCAUCUAAUGGCAUUAGUCCUGUGUUAGCUUCAUGGGAGGAUCCUCAUAGCUUCAGACAAAAUUCAAUUCCAUCAAAAGGAACUGUUAAAGCCAUUGCAACAGAAGCCCAGGUGCAUAAGAGGUCAAACACGAACUGGUCAAUGGGUUCGGCAUCAGAUGGAAGUUUAGGUGACUGGACUAACAGCCUGGAAGACAAUCCUCCAAGAGAAAGAUUACAAGAGCCUUCAAAUAAUUCCAAUGAAAGCCUCAAGAAUGAAAUUACUUCUUUGAAAAGGCAAGCAGAAGUGUCAGAAAUAGAGUUACAAUCACUUCGAAAGCAGAUAGAAAAAGAAAGCAGUAGGGGACAGAAUUUGUCAAGACAAAUAAUCAGCCUCAGAGAGGAGAGAGAUUUGCUCAAAACCAAAUACGAGCAACUCAAGUCCCAGCAGAACUUCAGUAAUGAGUCCAAAACCUCCAAAACCUCCAAAACCUCCAAAACCUUGAAGUCUGAGAUUGAAGAUACUAGGCUUCAGUUAGAGGCAAUGAAGGAAGAGCUUGUUUAUGAAAAGGAAUUGAGUGCCAAUCUUCAAUUGCAACUGCGGAAGACACAAAACUCAAACUCUGAAUUACUUUUGGCUGUGACAGACCUUGAAGCAAUGCUGGAACAAAAGGAUAAGGAAAUAUUGGAUCUAUCUACGAAUAUAAAAUCCCAGAAGACUACUAAAGAGCGUGAAGAGGGCAUAGAAUUUGACCUCUUGCGGCUAAAAAUUGCAGACCAGGAUGAAGAAAUAGACAAUUACUGUAAACAACGCGACGAGCUCAGUGAGCAAAUUAAAGAACUUACUUUGGAGUAUGAUCUACUUAAGAAGGAAAAUGUGGACAUAUCUUUGAGAUUAAAGCAAGAUGAAGCACACCACAUCAAGUUACAAAAUGAACAUUCAUCUUCUUUAGUUACAAUACAACAACUUGAAUCCCAUGUAGAGAGAUUAGAAGAGAAGCUAAAGGUGCAGGAAGAUGAAUUUUCAGCAUCUCUGGUCUACAUAAAGGAACUUGAAGAUGAAGUUAAGUCGUUGGAGAAAGAACUGAAAACACAGGCAGAGAAAUUUGAAGAAGAUCUCCAUGUCAUGCAAUGUGCAAAAACUGAGCAGGAAGAAAGGGCCCUGCAAGCAGAAGAAGCCUUGAGAAAGACAAGACACAACAAUGCUGUAGCAUCCGAGCGUUUUCAGGAGGAAUAUAGACUGCUUUCUGUUGAAAUGGCACAAAAAGUUGAGGAGAAUGAAAAUAUGACUUUGAAAGCAGUUGCAGAGGCUGAUGAGUUGCGGCACCAGAACAAACUUAUAGAAGAAAUGCUCCAUAAAUGCAAUCAAGAGCUCAGGCUUAUCACAGAUCAGAAUGAAGUGAAAAUGAAAGAGCUCUUGGACCAAAGAGACUCAAAAGCAAAAAUAAUAGAACAGAUGUCACAAGAACUAGAAGUUAAGUCUAAACAACUUGAGAAUGUGCAAAGGCACUAUGAUGAAAAGGAUGCUUUGUUUUCCAAGCAAAUUCAAAUGCUCAGAUCUCAAAUUAGAAUGUUGAUGGAAGAUGGUGUAUUGUCUGAAAAAGUAAGGGAGGAUGCAAAAAUAGCUCAGAAAGGACAACCAUUUAUGAUCUCAAAUGACGGGGAGAUGAUACUUGGCACUCUAUUGUCAGAAGUAGAAACCUUUAAGAACCAGCAUAUUGAAAUAAAACACGGUUUGCAUAAAGAACAAAUGGAGAAAGAAAGUAUGAAGAAACAAAUAUCUCAAUUAGAAGGAGAGCUGAAGAAGAAGGAAGCAGAUUUAAGUACUAUGGAAAAGAAGCUCAAGAAUAACAAAGGACGAGCUGCAGUUACACAUAUGAAUUUGACAUCAAGAGACAAUGAAAGUGAGGUGCCUCCAGCUAAAACACAUGCCAAGAAGUCAAAAUCAGAAAUGCAUAAGGGAAAGGAUGCUUCAAGCAAGUCCGAAGGAGGAACAGUAAACAAGUCAGAUGAGAGCAAAGUUUGUCAAGCUUCUGGAAGCGAGGGUGAGUGCCUUACAAAUGAAUUGUUGAAUGAAGUUUCGCUACUAAAGGAAAAGAACAAGAUCAUGGAGAAUGAGCUGAAAGACAUGGAGGAAAGAUAUUCAGAGAUUAGUCUGAAAUUUGCAGAGGUAGAGGGAGAAAGACAACAGCUUGUUAUGGCUGUACGCAAUCUCAAGAAUGGGAAGAAGAACUAGAACUCUUUGCAGGUGUGGUGUCUCGUUGAAAUCAUGCAUGAGUGGUGAAGGAGGCAUGCUAUCAUCAUCAUCAGAAUGUAGGAACCAAAUUUAACCAGUACAUUGCAGUUUGCACAAGUUGUGACCUAUAUGACAUCUACUAACAACUUUACUCAUCCAAAUUUUUUUGGGCACUCAGUCCAUCCAAUAUUCAUGUCGUAUGAUAUACAUUGGCAAAUGAGCCAGGGGCAUGAUGCUGUGGCCUCAUAUAGUCCCUUGUAGCAGCCAAUGAUUUAUCAUUAGUUUGAAAUUUUUGGCAUCCAAUGUAACAUAUACAUAACAUCUAUGAUGCUCAGGUUUUGAUUGAGUGUUGGUCGAAUAAAGAAAAUCUGGCUAAUGGGUAAGCAUCUGUAUGGUUACCUUGAUUGGUGGUUUUCAGAA